UAUAAACGUAGAGAGAAAGGGAAGCUUGUCAAUUCAUACUCGUCCAAAGAUCUUGAAGGAAUCUUGGUUAAACGAACUGAGGAACCUUCUCCUGUGGUUUGUGACACAGCCGAUACUAUGGAGAUUGAAAUUAUAUCUGAGGACCAACAAUCGAGUGUUAAAGAACAGAAAAUCGAAGAACCUUACGCGGACUGGUGGGGAUUUAAAUCUGGGGAUCGGUGUCUUAAAGCCGUGAAAUGUCUGCAGGAUAGAGCCACGGCUGGAAUACAAGGAUUGGAUGUUGCCGGCGAGGUUGCUGUUCAAUUUGUUUUAAUGGCGGCAAUGCUCUCACAGAAGCUUAGAAAGGUUAGCUUAAAGUCCCGUUCAUUGAAGAUGCUGCAUUGUGAGUUUCGGAAAGACAGAGCUACUAAGAAAUUUUCAGAAGUAAAAGUUAGAGUUCAAGAGAUUGAAGAAGCAUAAAGAUAUAGCAGGAUCCAAUGAUAGGCUCGGUUGGAUGAAAAACGCACUCAUUGACAGAGCCUUUGUGGCCUGGGAGCUUAUACAGAAUCCGCCGACUGGUUGUGUCCCAUAUAUGAACCAUACGGUCUGCACUACCAGCAGUGACUUUGGUACCAUCAGGUGACCACGAGCAUUUCAGUAGGUUCUUCUCAAAGUUGUGUUGGUGCCCAUCGAAGAUCUUCACACAUCGGUUCUGUGGAGCGUAAGGACGCAUGUCCCACACGCAGAGCUUGCUGUCCAUCCCAUUGGUGAGAAGGUAGGAACCGUCUGGACUCAAGCUCAUGCCUGUGAUUGUGUCUUGGUGACCUUCAAGUGUCAUGGUGGCUUCGCCUUUCCGCAAGUCCCAGACUUUAACAUCGUUGUCUACACCGCCGGUGAAAAUCUUAUCAGCUGCAUCAGAGAAACUGACGGCUGUGAUUUGGUAUUUAUCGGGGAAUGUCUGUAUGGCUCCUCUCUGACGCAUGUCCCAAAGCUUGGCGGUUCCAUCGUCGGAACCACUGAUGAUAAGCGGUGGUCCUCUGCGCGUAGGGCAGCAAGAAUUCACAAACGAGGAAUGUUCAGCCAUCUUCUUGACUUGUUUCCCGGUUUCAACAUCCCACGCCCUUACAGUUUUAUCCGGACUCGCUGACACAAUAUGGGAGCCAUCACUGGUCCAGUGAAGAUCAAGGAUAGCGUUCUUGUGACCUUUCAGAACCAUGAAGUUUUUGCAGUCACCGUGAACUCUCCAUAGGAAGAUCUCUCGAUCAUGGGAUCCAGAUGCAAUCAGAGUCCCGGCUGGGUUGAACUUCAUGGUGUAGACAGCACUCGGGUGUCCAGUUAGCAACAUGAUAGGCGCUUCCAAGCUCGAUGUCCGUUGCUUACCAUACGGACCAGGUCCCUGGAAAGUUGAAACCUCCAUCGGCCUAGGACCUGACAAAGCGUUCUCGUUCUCUCUUGGCAUGAUCUCCAUCGUAGCCUCUGUUUCGCUGUGAAUCUAACUCGAACCGAAGUUAAAUGGCGGCGAGGGAUGCAGAAAACGCCCGGUGUCGUUGACAAACUACCGGAACCCUAAACCCAGAGAGAAAAGCUCGCGAGAAAGAGGGAGAGAGAUUCAGAAACUAAAGAGCAGUCGCUCGG